AUGAAGGGGAAGCAAGUUCAAGUUCAUCAUCAUCAAGAUCUGCAUGCAGGAGAUCUUCAUCAUCACCACAUGAAAGAUGUAAAUAUUCCAAUCUCAGAUGGGUUUGGUGGUGGUGGUGCCAUGGAGGAACUGGAAGAUCAGGAGGAUAAUUUGGGUGUGGACCCUAGUGAGAUGUGGCUUGAUGACAAUGACCAAGAAACUGCUCUCCUUGCUGAUGUCAAUGACCCUUCCAUCUUCUACAAUGACCACUUCCCUCCUCUCCCUGAUUUCCCAUGCAUGUCAUCUUCUUCCUCCUCAUCUUCAACCCCUGCACCGGUCAAGUCGGUCACUUCAUCUUCCACCUCGUCCUCGGUCUCCUCGUCCUCCUCCGCGGCCUCCUGGGCCAUCUUGAGAUCGGACGCGGAGGAAGAUGGGGAGAGAAGGCAGCAGCACCACCAUAACAGUUACAACCACCGCCACCAGUACUCACAGGCUGAUGAUAAGGCGGUUGAUGCGCAUGCCUUGUCCUCCACCGCCUCGAUGGAGAUCUCUCAGCCUUCGGAUCUCGGCAGGGAAGGCGGAGCCAUGGAUUGCAUGGGUGCGAUGGAGACUUUUGGGUACAUGGAUCUGUUCGAGUCCAAUGAGUUUUUUGACCCCUCCUCCAUUUUCCAAAGUGACAGCCUUUUGAUGGAGCAGUUUCAACAAGAUGACGACCACCAGCAAUUACUAGCGCCCCCCCAAUUACAAGACCCUAAUGAAGCCACUGCAAUUAUUUCUCAACAACAACAAGAACAAGAAGUUGCAGUUCGUGAUGAGGAGAAUAACAAGAAGGAUGAUCAGAAAGAGAACAAGGAGCCGGACGACAUGGCCAUGGUGUUCUUGGAGUGGCUGAGGUCAAACAGAGAGACCGUCUCCGCUGAAGACUUGAGAAGUGUGAAGAUCAAGAAGUCGACAAUCGAGUGCGCGGCCAGGCGGUUGGGCGGAGGUAAAGAGGCCAUGAAGCAGUUGCUUAAACUUGUGCUUGAGUGGGUUCAGACCAACCAUCUCCAGAAGAGGCGCGGUAAUAGUCUUACCACCAAAGACGCCGAUAUUGUUGCCCAACAACAACAGUACCAAGACCCUUUUCAAAACCCUAACCCUAACACAAGCCCUAGAGUUCUUGAAUCAAAUCCUUCUUGUAGUUUCACCCAAACUCCUUGGAUGGCACCUCCGCCACAUGCAGCCUAUGAUCACGCCGGGGGAAUCCUUGUCCCCACUCCGCCUCCGCCGCCCCCUCCGGCAGCUUACCCUUCAAUGAUGGGGUACAUAGCGCCUGACCAGUAUGUUAACGGGCCAGGUCCAUACCAACCAUCACCGGAAUAUCAUCACAUGAUUGACUCUGGGCAAUCUACCUGGCCGUCGUCUCCGUUCGGCAUGGGAACGGCCCAUUACGGGUCGUUCCCGGACAAUAACAUUCACCUAGCCCCUCCUCCACAGCAUCAUCCCCAGGCUUUUGCCGGGUAUGGAAGUCAAUACCAGCCUUACCAGUAUUUUCCAUUGAAUGGUGAGCAUCAAUUGAUGAGGUUAGGGUCUUCAGUUACGAAAGAGGCGAGGAAGAAGAGGAUGGCGAGGCAGAGACGACUUGUGUCACACCAUAGGCAUGGACAUCAGCACCUUAAUGUUCAAAUGUCGGAUCAUCUUCUUCAUCAGCAGCACACAAGGCUUGUUGGGAACGCAGGCGAUCUGAAUUGCGCUAAUUCUGUGCCGCUACAAGCCAAUCCGGGCAACUGGUUUUACUGGCCCACUGCUACUGCGGCCCCGUCCCCAUCCCCGGCCAUGAUGCCUAGCAUUACACAAGAGGCUGCACCGCCUCCUCCAGUGCAGCAGAUGGAUCGGCCGGCUAGUACUCAAGCACAGAAUUACAAUCAGGGGCGUAGUGCUGCACAGGAAAGGCAGGAGAGGCGCCAGGGAUGGAAAUCUGAGAAGAAUUUGAAGUUUCUUCUGCAGAAGGUGUUGAAGCAGAGCGAUGUGGGUAGUCUUGGAAGGAUUGUGUUACCAAAAAAGGAAGCAGAAACCCAUCUUCCAGAACUGGAGGCAAGAGACGGGAUUUCCAUCCCAAUGGAAGACAUUGGGACUUCUCACGUGUGGAACAUGCGCUACAGUUUCAGGUACUGGCCCAACAAUAAAAGCAGGAUGUAUCUCCUAGAAAACACAGGAGAUUUUGUGAGAGCCAAUGGACUCCAAGAAGGGGACUUCAUAGUCAUCUACUCAGACGUGAAAUGUAACAAAUAUAUGAUACGAGGAGUGAAGGUACGGCAAGCCGGGCCAAAAUCAGAGGGCAACAAAAGGCCAGGAAAGUCGCAAAGGAACCAGCAUGCAAGCACUCCAGCUGGCACUAAUGGUUCGUCACCUUCCUCAGUCUCAGCCUCAGCCUCAGCCACACACAAGAAACAGUAA